CAUUGCUGACGACAAGAUCAGCCGGAACUCGUGAAUCCCGAGGUCAGGGAACGCGGAUGGAAUCGGAGAACACCGUUCUGGAAGACACGUGACGCAAUAGCCACCGUCAAAUCAUCCCGAGCUACGAUCGGAGGUCGUCUGGGUGAAAGGAGAGGCACGAGUGUCGAACAAGCCCCGUAAAGGGGCUUUGUUUUUGGUCUCAUUGGCAGGUAAUCAGGCGUACACGGUAUUCGGAGCGGGUUCCAUCAUUCUCCCGGCAGCUAGAGGACGGCACGGUGAGCGUUUGUCUGGAUCGAAUCUUCCGGGCAAGCCAAGGCCAGCGAGAGGCAGGCGGAACAAGAUCGACGAUCGUCGGGCGCGUCCACUCGGUGCAACGAGAAGGCAAUCGUCAGCGGCACAGCCAGGCGCCGAUCGAGGAAAGAUCCGGCCGCUCAACGGUGGUCAGCAGCUCAGACAAUCGAGCAGAAAUCCGCCAACAAUUCCCAGGGAGGAAUUGCGAGGACCACUUCCUCCAGAAGACCACGCACGGCGUGUUCAUCUAGGGCCCUACGCCCGCGACACCGGCGACACGUUGCAGGCAGGCAACUGGGUCGGAACAAUCGACCACCGACGGAGGGCGGAUGAUGACCGGAGGAAAAUGGCGCGGCGCACCGAGUCGGCCAACGAGAUGCCUGAGCGAACGACUGCAGCAAGGGUGGUAUUAGACCACGGGCCCGUGAGUAGGAAAUUAGAAUAAGUUCUAAGUAGAUCAUGCCUAUAGUAAUAAGACGAAGAAGCCAAGUUGGCUAGAGAAAUGUAAGAAAACACCUAAUACAUGCAUCGUAACUAAAAUUCUGUUUUGGUUGAUUUGAAGUUGAGCCUUUUGCCCAUCAGUGUUUGUGAUUCCGGUCUUUGAUCCUUUCGCCAAGGUAGUUCGGCUCUACCGCUACCGGGGAACUUGCAACACUGGCGCCCAACUGAAAAUCCACAAAAUUUGAGACUACCGUCAGCGAUUUUUUGGUUUUGGGUUUGAUAUAUUUGGUUUUGUGCAUUUUGACUAUCCGGCCUUGAUAGUCAAUACAAUUUUAGCCCUUUAUGUAUAAGAUUCGAAACAACAUGGACUAUACACAAUUGACUGACGAAGAAGUGACCUAUGAGUUGGCUUUACGCCACGUAGUCAACCUAGGGCCAACCACCCACAGAGGGAAGGUUCUUCGACUCAAGGCGCUCAUGCAAGAGGAAUCCUUGAAAGACAGUAAGCCCACUAGCUCGGAACAUGUCAUGAGUUCCCAAUCCAAUCUAGAACAAUGUGAAUCGCAAGUUCACCAGCUGCAUAUUAGCGCCGAAGCUGCCAUUCGGACGGCUAACAGCGCAGCCUUAAGUCAAAUCCGGACUCGUCUGUACCAUUACCGCGAUCGCUUGCAGUUGAUUCAUCCUCCAACCGAACUGCGGGAAACUCAUGCAAUGUUAUCGGUGCACGUAAACGUUUUACUAGAUAAGGUGAACGGAACAAGUGUAGUGAAUGGUGUACCGCGAAGUGAGAGUGUUGUGAGUCAAGCAACUUCGACUGGAGCCAUAAGGAGGAACAACGGCGGAGAUGAAGGAGCAGUCGGAGGAGAAACCACGAUGCCAGCGGAAAGCACUUCGAGACAAGACACUACACCACCACCAGCAGCGCAGCCACCGCUCGUGACGUCAUUCUCGGGUGGACAAGGCAGAGGAUUGUUGUUCUCGAGUUCGUUCCAAACGCGAGACAGCGAAGAAGCAGAACAAGCAGAUACGAGGCACCAAAACACCUCACCUCCCCCUCCCUACCUGCCGCGAGAUCGGGAAACAUGGAACCCGUCGACCAGGGAACAACAAUCACGGGAAAACCGCGAAUUGCAAGCAAGAAUCAGGGAGAUGCAGGAGAGAGAACAACACAUGCGUGAGGAGUACUACAGAAUGCGAGACGACCUGGAGCGGUUGAUCCGUCGAGAGCGACCAGCACCGGAACGAGCGGACGAUCGCCGAAUACAGAAGGCGGUGCACAACUGGCCUUUCAAAUUUCGCGGCGAGAAGGACACGACAUCACUCAACGUGUUCCUAGAUCGCGUGGAGACAUUCGCGAGAUCGGAAGGCAUGAGCGAUGCUACACUCCUGAGUUCGAUCAAGCAUCUACUCCAGGAGGACGCAAUCGACUGGUACUCACGAGCAACGUCGCAAAACUUGUUGCGGACUUGGGACCAGUUCAAGCGAGAGAUUCGAAGAGAAUUCCUGCCCAGCGGCUACUCCCAAAUUCUCCGUCUGGAAGCUAGCUUCCGAUUCCAAGGAAGGGAGGAAUCCUUCGCAAAAUUCUAUCGCGACAUUUCAGCGCUUUUUCGCUUCGUCGAUCCACCCAUACCAGACGACGAGAAGUUCUUCCUGGUGAAGAAGAACAUGAACGAGAACUACGCAGCCAUCGUCACAGCAGCGAGGCCUCGUUCACUGGAAGAAAUGGUGGAAGUCUGCACCGGAUACGAUGAGACGAGAAUGCUUCUGAACAGACAACGCAGGAUUCCGAUUCCGCACAGCGCGCUUCGGGAACCGAACUUCGCUACGCCAGUAGUAACCAGCAGAACACCACCGGUUCAGCAUCAUCAACAGCCACAGCGGUUCAACAGGGUUCACGCCGUGGAAGUAGAAGGCGCUUAUGAGCACGAAGCGAUAGAGGAAGGACCAGAAGACGAUUGGCAGUACACAAUCGACGAACUGGUUGAGCAAGUCAACGCGCUGAAGAUGAACCUGGAGCGGAAAUCUGCGAGGCCAAUCUUGGCCGCACGCGACGCGAAGCAGUCCAGGUCGACGGACAGGUACAACCGAACAGAAGCUGAUGUUCUGCGAACAGCGCGACAGUACACAAGAGAAGCGCAAGCUCCGGCACAGCAGCAACGGCCACAAGCCGCAUCGUUCCUGACUCGGCCACCACAACAGCAGCAAGAACAGCCGCAAAGAGCACAGGGCUGGCAAGUACGACAGUGGAUGCCAAGUUCGGAUCAGAGCGACAACAACCGAAGAAGCCAACGUCUGCUGCCAGAACCAGGCAGGCAACGGGAAGAUCGCCACAUACAACAGGAAGAAGCUCCGAACGAUCAACGACCAGCAAUGCUCUGCUGGAACUGCGACGAGGAAGGCCACAGAUUCACGGACUGUCCGAAACCGCAAGCCAUUCUCUUCUGCUACCGGUGUGGACGGAAGGGCUACUCGUUGCGCAGUUGCUUCACGUGUCGCACGGACGCGUUAAACUACCCAGCGGAGAACCAGCAAUAGAGGGGAGCAGC